UGACAUGAGCCAAUGAAAUUCACGUUGUUGGGAUUGGAUGGAAAUUGGAAUGAUUGUUUGGAUUUAUUUUCGAAAUAAAUUGAAUUAUUUUUAUUAUAUGUACAAAUUAAUUCGAGUCAUAAUUGGUUAUUAAAGAAUCUGAGUUCGGUUACCUAAAUAAUGGCUGAUGAAGAAUACGACGGAGAGGACGGUGGGGCAGAUUACGACGACAUUGUUGAGGAAGACAAUAACAUCGAAGAAGCUGAAGAACAAGAGGAAGAACCGGGUUACAACGUGCAGUGUCUGGCACCUGGUCAGGCUGGAGGCGGAGUGGAGAAGUCGAAGCGAAUUACAACUCGAUAUAUGACUAAAUAUGAAAGGGCUAGAGUUUUAGGUACGAGGGCAUUACAAAUAGCAAUGUGUGCACCAGUGAUGGUGGAAUUAGAAGGUGAAACCGAUCCUUUGCAAAUUGCCAUGAAGGAACUAAAACAAAGGAAGAUCCCUAUUAUUAUACGAAGAUACCUCCCAGAUCACUCAUAUGAAGACUGGAGCAUAGAUGAGUUAAUUAUAAUUGAUCAUUAGGAAUAAGAUAUUCAUAGCUUAUGUUUAAGGAAUUACAUGUAAGGAUUAAGAGUUGAUUUCAAUCUCUAAAUAAAUUUUAAAGAAUAA